UUCUCUGUUGAUAACCCAGCUUUUAAACUGCUAGCGACUUCUUCUUUCUAGGCUUUUCUGCUUUUGUAUCUAUAGUAACUAUUUUUUAUUAUAUCCGUGCCCCUCCAUCUCCGAGAAAAGGCUUUACCGCCGGCGGCCGGGCAUCGUAGAUUUCCCGGGCAAUCGCGGAUCGGUAGGACGAGAUGAAGGUUUUCGUUAAGACUUUGAAGGGUACUAACUUCGAAAUCGAAGUGAAACCCGACGAGACGGUUGCCGAUGUCAAGAAAGUUAUAGAGACUGCUCAGGGUGCAGAUCUUUACCCUGCUGCACAGCAGAUGCUGAUUUAUCAGGGGAAAGUUCUUAAGGAUGGCACGACACUGGAGGAAAAUAAAGUUGCUGAAAAUAGUUUUAUUGUCAUUAUGUUAAGCAAGAGCAAGGUUUCAUCUGGCGGAGCAUCAGCUGCUUCAACUGCAUCUCCAAGCCCAGCACAACCUGCAGGUUCUUUGCCUUCUCGUGCAACUCAACCUUCAACAACUACUGAAGCUCCUGCUCCAACUGCAGCACCUCCACCUUCUGCUGCUGAAACUAUACCAGCUGUAGUUAAUCCUGUUUCUUCAGAAUCAGACGUAUAUGGACAAGCAGCAUCAAAUCUUGUUGCAGGAAAUAAUUUAGAGGCUACUAUUCAACAGAUACUUGACAUGGGUGGAGGAAGUUGGACCCGUGAAACUGUUGUGCGUGCUUUACGUGCUGCAUAUAAUAACCCUGAAAGGGCUGUUGAAUAUCUUUACUCUGGCAUUCCUGAGCAAGCUGAGGUUCAACCUGUUGCCCAAAUUCCUGCUAGUGCACAGGCUACGAAUCCACCAGCUCAGGUUGGACAACCAGCAGCACCUACUAGUGCUGGGCCGAAUGCAAACCCUCUAGAUUUAUUUCCACAGGGCCUUCCCAAUAUGGGUUCCAAUGCUAGUGCAGGCACCUUGGAUUUUUUGCGUAACAGUCAACAGUUCCAAGCGUUGCGGGCCAUGGUGCAAGCUAACCCCCAAAUCCUGCAGCCUAUGCUUCAGGAGCUGGGGAAGCAAAAUCCACAUCUUAUGCGGCUCAUUCAAGAGCAUCAAGCUGACUUCUUGCGCUUGAUAAAUGAACCGGUUGAAGGAGAGGGGUUGACAAUGGCCUCAGCAAUGCCUCAGGCUGUGACUGUUACCCCUGAGGAGCGCGAAGCAAUUGAGCGUCUUGAAGCAAUGGGCUUUGAUCGUGCAAUAGUAUUGGAGGUUUUCUUUGCAUGCAAUAAGAAUGAAGAACUAGCAGCCAACUAUCUAUUAGAUCACAUGCAUGAGUUUGAGGAAUGAAACCAAGCGACUGCCCGCUGGAGUGUCUUUUACUCCAUAUUGGGUGAAGAACUUCUUAUCAUGUAAUCUUAUCCCAACUAUUUGUCUUGUGAAAUUUUAUCCUUGGACAAAGAUAGCACUUUCUAGUUUCUCUUUUCUUUGUUUAAAUAUUGGUUGCUGUUACCAUCCUUAUUUAAUAGAAAAUUGUGUUGGAAUAUGGCUUAUGA